CAGUACAGCUGGCCAUAUGCCCCUUAGGGAGGGUUUUUUUUUUUCCUGUCGAAACUGCCCUUACCGAAGGUAAGAGUUAAUUAUUUUCUGAUGGCAGUAACCAGACUCAACAGAAGCUGGUGAGCUUGUCUGUUCUUCAGUUUCUAGGUUCCCCUCUCAUAUCGCUGGGAGGCGAGGCUUGAUCACUUGGCUUGUGCCCUGCCAAUCUGAAAUUCUCAGGGAACCCAACCAACUCUGACGCUCUCAAAGUCAGCAGAACCUGGAAAGCAGGCAGCCGGCUCAGAGAUAUGGCAAGGGCACACCCUGGAGAUGCUACUCUGCCAAGCAUCUUGGUCAGCUUCAUCUUCCUGCAACUCCUGACUUCUGGGAACGGAAAAUCAGAUUUCCUCGUCCUUGGACCUCCCCACCCACUUCUGGCCAUAGUUGGUCAAGACAAAGAGUUGCCCUGCAAACUGUCACUCAACAUCAGCGCUGAGGGCAUGGAGCUGAGGUGGUACAGGGACAAGCCCUCGUCAGUCGUGCAUGUGUACAAGAAUGGGGAGGAUGUGUAUGACGAGCAGAUGGUGGAAUAUAAGGGAAGGACCUCAUUCAACGGCAGCCAUGUAGCCAGGGGAGAAGCUGCUGUGAAGAUCCACAACGUCACCGUGUUUGACAACGGGACUUAUCACUGUGUGUUUAAGGAGUACACAUCCCACAGCCAGGCCACCCUGUGGCUGAAGGUGGCAGGGCGGGGCUCGUCCCCCAGAAUCCGUGUGACUGACACCCAGGACAAAGGCAUCCGGGCCGAGUGCACCUCAGCAGGCUGGUACCCCGAGCCCAAGGUGGAGUGGCUGGACCUUAAAGGACAACCAGUGUCUGCUGAGAGUCACUUCUCAGUUUCAGCCAGCACUGGCCUCGUGGCCCUGCUCUCCAUUGUGACUCCCCAGGAUACGGCUGUGGGGGGCCUGACUUGCUCCAUCUCCAAUCCCCUCCUCCCAGAGAAGGUGACAGAGACUUACCUGCUGGCCUCCCUGUCCAGAAGGCCUCUGUCCACGGAAAGCGGACCAGCUCUGCCUUUGAUCCUCACGGCACUAGGGCUGGUUUCAGCAGCAAUAGCCUGUGCCUUUGGGAAAUGUCACAAAGAAGAGCAUAAAACAAAUCAGGAAGAGGAGGAUCCAGGAGCCCGUGAUGAGGCCGGGCUCUUCCACGUGAGUCUGUCCCUGGAUCCUGAAACCGCCAGUCCCAAACUCAUGGUGUCUGAGGAUCAGAAAAGCGUGAAGCGGCUGCUAUUUGACCAGGACGUAUUCCCCAGUUCCAGGAGAUUUAACCAGGACCCCUGCAUCCUGGCUCAAGAGCGAUUUGAGGCAGGGAGACAUUACUGGGAAGUGGAGGUUGGGGACAGGAGGGCCUGGAUUCUGGGUGUGUGUCUAGAGAGUUUGGUACGGGAAGGAAGGAUCCCCAAGUCACCCCAGCAUGGCCUCUGGGCACUAGAGUUUUACAAGAAGAAACUCCAAGCCCUCUCCUACCCCCGGACUUGCCUGUCUCCUCCAGAGCCCCUCCGGCGGGUGGGCAUCCUCUUAGACUUUGAGGCAGGGCAAAUCUCCUUUUAUAAUUCAACCAAUGGCUCCCUGAUCUAUGUGUUCUCUGGGUUCUCCUUUUCUGGUCCCCUGCAGCCAUUCUUCUGCCUCUGGACCCAUGACCCCAGACCCCUCACCAUCUGCUCGGUGGUCACAGAGACCAAAGACACAGAAUCUUCUGGAGAUCCCGGCCUCCCUGGGGACUCCUGAGAUGUCCUUAAGAGAGGAAAGCUCCUGCCUUCUUGUGCCUCCUAACUCCUGGCACUAUCUAUCCCAUUCCUAUAUAAAAAUAUGAUGAAACACCAGGGGCUGGCUAUGCUCCCCCUACCAAAUUUCUGUGCCAAAUGCUGACACCACCCACCAGGGUCAGGGAUUUCUGAAGGCAUUGUAAUUUGGAGAUGAGACAUUGAAAAAGAUUGUGGAUAAGGGGAGUCAUUUAUGUACCUUAACCUCAUAGAUCUGGUACUCUUAUAAGAAGGAAGAUUAGGACUCGGAGAGAUGCCACUCACUAGCCAAGGAGAUCAGCAAUGCCCUGGUCUCAUAUUUGUAGCCUCUGGGACCUAGAAAGUGGUUCCUGCCAAGUGAGAAUCCUGGGAAUCUCCUAUGUUGCCUUCUUUACUAUGGCUGCCCUCUCUCAGUGAGGCAAACUAUACAAUCAUUCCUGCCAUGUAGUUAGAGUGUAUGUAUGUAUGUAUGUAUGUAUGUAUGUAUGUAUGUAUGUAUGUAUGUAUAUAUUUAUGUAUGUAUGUGUGUAUGUAUGUAUGUAUGUAUGUAUGUAUGUAUGUAUGUAUGUAGACCAUCCAGCCCAGUGGUGGGUGUGUUGUGGUUGCACAGUAAAUAAUAGUCGUACCCUCCCUUCUCACUCUCUCUCCAUCUUGUUCAUCUCUCACUCGUUCACUUCCUCUCUUUCCUCUCUCUCCUUCCCACCUUCUCUUUCCUUCUGUUAAAUGAUUUUAUUAUUUUGCAUUAUGUAGAUGUGUGUGUGUGUGUGUGUGUGUGUGUGUGUGUGUGUGUGUGUGUGUGUGUGUGUCUGCGCACACAGGUGCGGUGCCCACAGAGGCCAGAGGAUAGCAUCCGAUCCCCUGGAACUGGAGUUAGAGAGUUUAUGCGUUGACAGAGGGUGCUGGGAACAAAACUCCAUUCUUUUGCAACAGCAGCCAGGGCUCUUAAUCAUAGAACCAUCUCUCCAGUCCCUCUCCCUUCCCUUGUUUCUUUUCUUCCUCCUCCAAUCUAUUUCUACCUAAAUCCCUUUCUUUCACUCACGGUGACAGACUAGUUCAAGUCACACAAAAGCAAAGAUCCCAAGAUUCCUAAGACUUUGGUCAGAGUUCAGUGAGGACAGAAACCACAUCCAUAUUGAAAGAGAAAACAGAUGAGAAGUGGGUUUUAAUGGACACUUGAGAACACAAGUGCUGGACCCAGCUCUCGGCUCCCUGAGAAUCUUCCAUUCCAAGACUGCGGCAGCAGAAGAGCCCAGGGAGUGGGGUGCUGCUCCGUGGUGCCUGUUCCAUAGGGACUGAGAAAAACGCUCUAUCUAGUGCUGUGAAGCUGGUGGCCCCAAGAGAAACAGAGUCUCACCAUCCUGCAGACCCAACAUUCCCUCUUGCUGUUUGUUGCAAGUUCAAGCAGGGAUUGUUGGUGUGAUUGAUCUGGUUGGUGAUCAGGACCCCCACUCCAAGGGGCCUGGGGCUUUUAGGUUAAGAGCUCUGGCCUAAAAGCCACUAGUGACUCUUCCCUCUAAAUUCUGGAGACCAGAAAUCUGAACUGAAGUCAGAUUGUCAGGGUUGGCUUCUCCUGAAAGCAUGGGAAAACCAGGCCUCCCUUCCAGUGUCUGGAGGAGUCCUCUUAGCUGGCAGUCACAUCACUGCAAAUGCUGGCCCUGUGGUCAUAUGGCCAGCUCUUCUCUGGUUCUCCUUAAACAUUUUCUCUUAGCAAUCCAACUCAGAGCCCGCGUUAACGCCAGCUGGCUCCAUUCAGAGGUUUGUAACUUGACUGCUCUGUAAGGACCCUUUCCUCCAAAUGAUCCUGGUCACAGAUGCGAGAGGUCCUGACUCCCACAUAUUUGGGGGAACACUGAACCUACCCUAGUGGGUUGGAGUUGAAGGUCCCUGGCUGAGUGGUGGGCACCCCUUUUGCAUCAAAAUGCCUCCUCAGAAUGAGCAGAUCGUUGUCCAUAGGGACUGUAGUAGCCUAUACAUGCUUGCAAGAGAAAGGUCCUCAGACACAGACAAAGGUCACCUAGUGUUUUGGGUUCCCAGUCAAGAGCAGUUAUGGUUAGUCAGUGGAUUAGCAAGGAAAUGUCACAAGCACAGGCAGCCCCUGGGCUGGGCUUUGGAGAGAGGCUGGCAUUUAUAUAGAAAGAAAUGGGAGAAGAGAUGAGACCCAAUAAAAGACACACACACACACACACACACACACACACACACACACACACACACACACACAUACACACACACUGUCCCCCACCCCACCUCAUCCCCUGCAUGUUACAGUUUUUCAACCUUGGAGUAAUAAAGUUUUAACUUUUUUUCCUUCUUUAUCAUUGUGAUACUUAUAUGUAACAAAUUGGCCAGAUAGAAAAUGUGUAGAUCAGAGAACCACCUGCCUCCACCUCUUGAGCUCUGAGACUAAAGACGUGGGCCACCACUGCCUAGCUAGAGAAUUUUUUGGGGGGGUUGGUUGUUUUAAGAUUUAUGUAUUGUAUGUACACAAGUGUUUUGUCUGCACGCAUGCCUGUACACCAGGAGGUGACACAUGCAUAAUCUAAAAAGGAGGGCGGAUCUCUGAGGUCGAUGCCAGCCUGGUCUACAGAGUGAGUUUGAGGACAGGCAGGGCUACACAGGG